CUACUGUUCUGUUCUGUUUUCUGUUGACGCUGUCAAGUGUCAACGGGCGAACGUCAACGCCAAUGCCUUUCCAUUUUUGUUAUCAAUGUUCCAUUCAUGUAAUAAUUGUUUAAAGCUUUAAUUUCCCCAGCUCAAAAGUUGAUUGCAACGUAUAAAUAAAUUGGCGAUCGUUGAUAUAAAAAUAUUGAAUGGGUGAUAAGGAUAUGGCACGCUUGUCUCGAGAAGAGAUUGCAAAGCAGUUCCAACUUCCUGAACGCAAAUCGAAAAUCGCUACACUUUUGAAGCAAGAUGGCCAAAAGUAUUGUAUCUGCAGAUCGUCAGAUUCUUCCAGAUUUAUGAUAGGAUGUGAUAGCUGUGAAGAAUGGUAUCAUGGAGACUGUAUUGGCAUUCAAGAGAGAGAUGCAAAAUUCAUUCGGCAAUUUUUUUGUAUGCGAUGCCAAGAUGAAGACCCUACACUUGAGACGCAGUUCAAGUCUGGGGUGAAAGCAGAAAUCGAAGCACGAUUUUGUUCACCCAAGAAGAAGAAACGUAAGGAACGAAAAGAGCUGGUGGACACUGUAACUACAACUGCACCAUCUUCAUCAUACGCAUCAAAUGAGCGGAAAGAGCGCGAGAAGUCGUCGUCCAAGUUGACAGGCAUACGUGAGAGGCCUUGUGGGAGAUGUGCCAACUGCUACCGCACACGAGAAUGUGGACAGUGCUCUCCAUGCCGCAAAAACAGGAGAGACGCCUGUGUUCACAUGCAGUGUCUCAAGAUGGUGACAAAAUACUUUAUAUCAGAAAAAGGACGAGCGAAAACUCGUGUCACUCACAAAGUAAGCACAAAACGUAAAGUGAAGAAUGUAACAGAUGGCGUGAUGGAAGUUGAUCGACCAGUUGAAGAGACAAGACAAUGCUUUGGACCUGGCUGUGUGAAACCCGCCUUACCAAAGAGCAAGUACUGCAGUGAUACUUGUGGUAUACAGCUGGCUACUAACAGAAUCUAUCAGGUUUUGCCUCAACGCAUACAUGAAUGGACUUUGUCAAAUUGCAUUGCUGAGGAAAUGAACAAACGAGAGCUGGAGACGGUCAGAAAGCAGCAAUUGGAAGUAAGAGGUGUUUUACAAGAGCUUGAUAAACGUCAUAAGGAGCUCGACGUAAUCCUGGAACAUUCAAAGUCGACAAGCAUUGAUGUGAACCAGAACGAUGAUAACGAUGAUGAGACGAUGACUGAGAUGAGCAUGUACUGUAUCACUUGUGGACACGAAAUACAUUCUCGCACCGCCAUUCGCCACAUGGAGCGUUGCUUCAAUAAGUACGAGAGCCAAGCGUCAUUCGGUUCGAUUUACAAGACACGCAUCGAAGGAAACAACAUGUUCUGCGAUUUCUACAAUCCCCAGAACAAGACUUACUGCAAGAGACUUCGUGUUUUGUGUCCUGAGCAUUGUAAAGAUCCGAAAGUCAGUGAUACUGAGGUAUGUGGUUGUCCACUAGUGACAAAUGUGUUUGAUUUGACCGGUGAGUUCUGUAGGGCGGCUAAAAAAACUUGCAUCCGCCACUACUGCUGGGAGAAGCUGCGUAGGGCUGAAAUCGACAUGGAAAGAGUCAGACAAUGGCUGAAAAUCGAUGAAUUGAUAGAGCAAGAACGUCAGAUCAGACAACGUAUGACUGAUAGAGCUGGCGUUUUGGCGCUGAUGCUUCAUUCAACCUACAACCAUGAGCUGAUGCAGGAAAUGGCCAGAAAUGCCUCGUCCACUACAACUCCAGCAUCUGAACCGACUGAGCAACCAUGUGCUUAAUGAGGAAGCCAUCCUUUUUACACAAACUAGACAACUUACUCUUUUCGCAACAGGCGAAAAAGUCUACUAGUGUUCUGGUUAUCUUUUUCAAUAUACUUACCAACAAGUUAUCAAAAUAAACAUAUCAGGGAAUUCUUUUCUCUGAUAAUUACUUUUUGAGAUAUGAUCGCCUGAAGAUUGAAUACUUGAAACAAAUCAUUUCAAAUUUGGUAAGAGAUAAAUUCUUGAAAUGUUGAGGAUACAUUCUUCAUUGUAUUGUUGAAGAAAUGUAUAAUUUUUCUAAAAAUAUCAAUUUUUUAAAAAGUUAUUUAAUUUUUUUUUAUCCAACGAUACAUUGCUAUCUAGUCUAGGGAUAAUGAGCAACUUUUUUCUGUCCUAUAAUACUAAUAAAUACUUCAUACAAGAGAAUCCUCCAUAGGGUCUCCUAUUCAAAUUCUAAUAAUAUUAUUAGUAGACUGCUUAUGACUGUACUACACAGGUGCAGGUGGGUUUCACUCAUUUCCACUGCUCUGCUUUUCACUGGACAGAAGCCACUUGAAUCAGCACUAGACCAGUUCAAAUGGCUUCUUUGAAAACAUUUAAUUAAAAAAAAUAACUAAGCUAAGUUAUUUUGAAUCAUCUUUUAAAAAAGGAAUAACAUUCUCAAUAAUUGAAAUUUUAAGAAUUUGCUUUCAUUCAAUCAACAUAAUUCCAUUAAUUACCAACUUAGAAAAGAUAUGUUUCAAAUAUUUAAACUUUAGACACUCAUUUACUUUAUGUAUGUUAUAACUUACAUAGAUAGUUUUAUUUUAUUUUACCUUUAUCCAUAUCAAGCUGACAAAGGUCAAAGACUUGAAUAUUUUUGUGAAUUUAUGUGUGUAUGUUUAUGUAUUAAUAAUAAUAUUUACAUGCUCAAAUCUCAAAAAGUAUUAAUCAGAAAAAACUCCUGAGAAGCGUUUUAUUUCGAUAACUUGAUAGAAUCCGAAACGAAAAAUAAACCAGUAAAAACGUUUUAAUUAGCCUGAUACACAGCCUUCAGUUACUAGACUCUCAAUUCAAAUUCUUAAAAGUAUUUCAAUACCUUUAUUGAACAAAGGUAGAAAAUAUUAAUAUUUAUCGCAAUUAUUUCUCUGGGCAACUGGAAUCGUUUAAGUUUGUUGUGCAAUUGAAUAUUCAUUUUUGUACGAUUGCAGACAAGUACAAAUUUAGAUAAUAAAUAAUUGUUUAUUUUUAUUUCUUUCAUUUGUCAGAAAUGUAUUAUUCUAUCUCAAACUCGGAUUAGUAAUACUGAAAUUCCUCUAGUCUAGGUAUCAAUCUAUAUUUGAAUGGCAAUAAUUAUUUUUGUUUUCCAUCUAUUUUUAUAUCUAUUUCAAUGGCAAUAUAUAAAACCAGUCACCUCUUUCCUCUUAUAUUUUCCUUUAUUGCUGGUUUCAAUAACUUGCUGUCACUGAAGUAAAAUUAAAUUCAGUGAUACAGAACAGGUAUAAUAAUUAUUACUUUGAAUCCAAGUUACAAAACGCCACUUGUUUGAAUUGUCGUCGCCUUAUUUUAGUACUUUAUCAAACAGUUCUGUAAAAGAAGUGAGUGAUCGCGUCACAGUUCGACCAUUUUUCCAAUUAACGUAUUUGUCCAAAAUACAGGGUUGAUCAAUGAAGUAUGAAGGAUUUGGAAUAGCUGCUACAUACUCAUUUCUGAACAAAACCCAAAUUUUUUUCUAGUAUGUACCUUGGAUGUUGCCAUUCUGAUAAUCAGAAAGGAAAAAAUUGUAGUAAAUUCGGUGAAGUACAAAAACUAUGUUGAUUGGCGUCCGUUUUUGUCCAUACUGUAGACAUUGUGAGAAGUUGACCAUACUCAUUUGAAGCUUUGCACGUGGUAUUGGUCGAAUUUCUUCUGUUAUUAUCUUACUCAGGGCUUCAAUUUUUCGUGGUUUUUAAUGUAUACACGUGCCUCUAGCUAGCCCAUAAAAGAUAUUCACAAGGUGUCAGGUCCGGUAACCGACCCCACUCCACAUCUCCAUGUAAUGGAAAUGAGUACUCCAGGGAAGGUCUGCCUUGAAAUUCCAUAUUUUCUCUGUAUGUAUGACAUGUUGAAACCAAACAGAAUUGAAGUUGAUAACCAUCUUCUCAAUUGUGACAGAAAAAUCACACAUGAUUGUUAGAUAACGAUCUGAAUUGACAGUAACGGUUUCUCGUAAAAGUAAAGGCCAAUAAUGAAGCCUAGACUAAUGCCUCACCAAAAAUUCAAUUAUUCGCCAUUUGUACAAAAACAGCAUUUACAAACAGAAAACCCCAAUAUUUAACCACCAAGGUUCCCUUCACGGCAGGUACGGCAAGUUUAUCUCUUGCACGGCACUCAGUCAUCAACUUCUCACAAGUGCUUCGACAAAAACAGAUGCUAUUUCUCGUAAAUAAUUUUUUUUCCAAUUAUCAAAAUGGCAACAACCAAGUUACAUACUAGAAAAAAAUUGAGUUUCGAUCAGAAAUGAGUACUAUAAAUGUAACAGCUAUUCAAAAUCCUUCAUACUUCAUUUCCCAACCCUGUACAAAUAAAACUUGAACAUUGUGCAAGUUUUAUUUGUACAGGGUACACCUAAAUCAACAACCUUUAAUUUGGUACAAAUUGCAUGUCAUUAUCUCUAGUGAAUCGUUUACAGUGACUGUCAUUACUUUGCAAUAUUAGUAAUAUUAGCAAGUCUUUCAAUAUUAUAAAUGUAGGUUUAUUGGUUGUAUUGCAAUAUUAUCGAGAUCUCUUAAUCUUAUUUAACUUUAGUCCUCAAAAUCCCUCAUUCCAAGCCACGGCAUGGUGUGAAAUGGAAUUAUUUGUUAUACAUUUAUUUACCUAUUUGUGAUUUUUUUUAAAUCACAGCAUUAAUGUGCAAUAUUAUUGAUACAUUUUAGUAUUUCAUUGAACCAUGAAUAAUUUAUCCCAUAUGCACAUUAACCAUUAUUCAUACACAAUAAAUUGUGGUCAUGUAUGAUGUAUAAGCCUUGACUUAGUUACACUAUCAAAAUUUUCGAUAAUAAAAAGUGAUUGGAUUGAUUGAUCAAUUGCCUUUACGGGUGCAGUUAGGACUUUGGGUCCUCUUUGCUACACAUCCUUCAAGUGUUGCUUUUUAUACAUAAAAUAAUAUUAUCUUAUUUCCCUUAUUUCUUGCAAUUGAAUGAAUUUAAACGUAUUUCUAUUAUUACAUAAAUUUCGAACCUAGUCGUGUAUAAUUGGAAGAAUAUUACAAAGGUAGGCCUACUAGUUAUUUUCUAUAAUUGAAAUUUAAACGUAUUAAUUUUCUGUCCAUACAAUAUGCAGUAUUAUAAUAACCAAAAACAGGAGUUCUUAUUAUCUCUCAUUUAUAUUUUUUCAUUUAUAUUAUUAUUUGUUAUAUUUUUGUAAUAAUCCUUUUCUACGAUAACUAUUACAACACAAUUAAACUUUAGGUUUGUAAUAGUCAAGUUAUAAUUUAGUGUUUACACAAUUUGCAUAAGUUUACACAAUUGAGUUUGUAAUAAUUAUAUUCUAUAAUAACUAUUACAACACGUUGAACUAUCACAAUAUUAUUUUAUUCGUGGCUAAUUACUAUUCGAUAUUACACAUGAAUAUUCACAACUUAAUUCUAUAACUCAGAGAAAAAGAAUAUUUUGAUUUUUGAUAUUGCAUAUAGUUUGAUAUUUGAUAUAAGUAUAUUUUUUGUGUUAUUUCAUUCUAUAUUAUAAUAUAAUAUUAUAUGUUAUUUUUAACACCUUAUAAUGUAGUUAAUAAUAUUAUUGUAUCCAUGGGUAGUUCAAUGACUUAACUAGACUUGCUAUCUGGUUCGGAAAAUAAUUUUUGGUAGAAGAUGAAAAGUGAUGUAUUUGUCAUUUCGUGUUAAGUUUAGUUGAUGUCAGAUGUAAAAUUGAAGAAAUGUGACCGGCCCCUUUUGGCUCUGAAGUACACGACUAUUAAAUUGUCUUUGAAUGCUGUCACAUAUUAAUUAUUGCAACUGUUUGUCAAUUUUUUGUAGCAUUCUAAGUGUAAUUAUUUAAUUGAAUACGGUUCUACAAUAUUGACAAUGACUCAGUCGAAUUUUUGUAAUUAUUUAGUUGUGAAACGUUUGUCUAUGAUGCUUAAUUGAUUCAAAUAUCUCUUAUAUAAUUAGUUUUAAAGUCAAUGUUUUCAGAUUUUUAGAAGUAAUAUCCAAUUCAAAAGCUUCUUAAUAAGCUAAUAAAACACACUACAGCAAUAUAGGAUGAUUUAAUGUAGGAGCAAUGUAGGGGUUUUGUAAAAAAAGAAUAUAUUUUAGAUCAUUAUUUUAAGAAAUCCAACUAAAGUGCAAUAGACUUGAAUUAAAAAAAAUUAUCAGAAGCAGAUCAGAGUUAAAAAUAUAACAUAAAUGUUAAUUUACUGAAGGCGGUUGUGGAGAUAAUAAGGUGCAUAUACUGUCGAGAAUCCUAUCGUCAUUAUGUCUUGUCUGUGACCGUAUUCAGAAUUAUUAAGCAUCUAAAGCAUAAGAAAUAAUUGAAUAUCACCCAGUAGAAAUUAAUUUAAUUUUAUGUUUUAUAAAAUAACGUUUUUCUUUUCAGAUUGCAUAACAUGCUACAUAAUUUUAUUGUAUUUGUGUAUUCUUGCAGUAAUAUGCUUUGCUGUCAGUCUUUAAAAUAUUUUUGUGAUCUGUCUAUUUUGAAAUAUUUUAUUAAAAUGUUGUUGCAGCUUGCCAUAAAAUGUCAACUAUAUGGCUUUUCUAUAACAUCGUUCAUUUUCAUGUUGGUUGUCAAUCUAUGUCAUUCUACUUUUAUGUGUUUCGUGUAACAAUAAAUUGUGUUCAAUUACUAA